UCUCUCUACUUCUUUCUGUCUCACUCUGAUUCGAUUUAAUGGCGGCUCAGGUGGAGUGCUGGUUUCUGAACCCUCUCUGCUUUUCAAAUUCUCCGACAUCUCAUUCCCGUCACAGUAUUAAACUACAAAGCUUCCGCUCUGGGCCAAAUGCUUUUCUCCUCCUCUCUCCUGCUAAACCCUGCCAUUGUUCUUUCUUGGAAAACCCUUCACCUGCAACUGAAAAUCCUAGCUCUACCUAUAAUCCCGACAUUACCUCCGAUAGCCGUAGAGAUCGUCGGAAAGCGGUGAGAGUUGCUUGGGAGAAGUUGCUCCGAUGGUCAAGGACUUGGGAAUUGAAGGCCAAGACUGAUGUUCUUGAGGGUACCAAAAAGGUUGUGGUACUUGGUGGUGGAUCUUUUGGCACAGCUAUGGCUGCCCAUGUUGCAGACAGGAAGGCUGAACUAGAGGUUAAAAUGUUUGUCCGUGAUCCUCAUGUAUGCCGAUCUAUUAAUGAGAACCACUUCAAUUGCAAGUACUUCCCAGAAUACAAGCUACCAGAAAAUCUUGUUGCAACAACUGAUGUGAGUGCCGCUUUACUAGGUGCUGACUUUUGCCUACAUGCGGUCCCUGUGCAGUUCACUUCAUACUUUCUUGAGGGCAUUGCGCGGCAUGUUGAUCCAAACUUACCAUUCAUAUCCCUUAGUAAAGGUCUAGAGCUCCAUACAUUAAGGAUGAUGUCUCAGAUUAUUCCACGAGCCCUACGAAACCCUCGUCAACCUUUUGUAGCACUAUCAGGGCCUUCAUUUGCAUUGGAAUUGAUGAGGAAAUUACCAACAGCAAUGGUGGUGGCAUCUAAAGACAAAAACCUGGCAAAUGCUGCUCAGCAGCUAUUAGCUUCUCAGUAUCUAAGAAUCAGCACAUCAAGUGAUGUUACGGGAGUAGAAAUUGCAGGUGCUCUAAAGAAUGUGCUUGCAAUAGCAGCAGGGAUUGUAGAUGGCAUGAAUCUUGGGAAUAAUUCUAUGGCAGCUCUUGUUGCACAAGGUUGUUCAGAGAUACGGUGGUUGGCAACAAAGAUGGGUGCCAAGUCGACAACAAUAACUGGCUUAUCGGGAACUGGUGACAUAAUGCUUACUUGUUUUGUCAAUCUUUCAAGAAAUAGAACAGUUGGGGUCCGCCUUGGUUCUGGGGAGAAGCUUAAUGAUAUAUUGAGUUCCAUGAAUCAGGUGGCGGAAGGUAUAACAACGGCUGGAGCGGUUAUUGCCUUGGCACAGAGGUAUAAUGUGAAGAUGCCAGUAUUGACAGCAGUUGCCCGCAUCAUUGACAAUGAAUUGACCCCAGAGAAGGCUGUUCUUGAGUUGAUGAACCUCCCUCAGGUUGAAGAAGUAUGAGAUCGACAAUAUCUGAACGAGUUCCCUUCGUGGAUUAUUGAAUCUUUGUUCUACCAAAAUAAGAGGAAAAUUUUGUACACAGACAGCAAACUUCCAUUGAUGCCUCCGAUACAUCAAUUCUCUUGCAGAGCAGAUCAUUUUUUUGGGGGGUAAUAUGCAUGUACCUCCCUGUCCUCAACUUGGUUAUGGGAGUUUUUUUUUUUUUCAAGUCACAGAUUGUAUUUUAGAUAUCAAACAGAAGAAAAUUGAUAGAAAAUAACAAUUACAUUGAAAAUUGUACUUUCUUUUAAAAAUCAUGAACUCUAU